UGUUUAAUGGCAUCAAUACACUUGUUGUGGGAACGUUCGCAAUUCUGACAUCUUGUAUUUCAUUUCUUUUAAUGUAACUGGAGCAUUAAAUAUAGGUUCCUAUGCACUGCCGCUAAGUAAACGCCGUUGACUUUGCGCGUUUCGAUUAUCCUCCCCGUUUACAGCAGCUAGCUAACGGUAGUUCCGAGCUAACCCGUUUUCAUCUUUAGCUAACUUAGCUAACUCUGUUUUUAUUCUCAACCUUGAUACUAUUGCUUUUCGGAGGCCGUCACGAUGGAAGACGAUGCGUUCACCGACAUCAGUGGCAAAUCCAUAUCUUUGAACUGUCAGACCCACUCAAGCCUCUGCAGGGAGUUCAUAGUCAGCUCCCCCAAAGUGUCCAUCGGCAAAGUGAUGGCGUUCACCUGCUCCGUUUGGCUCCUGGCAUACGCUGUGUUCUUCUUCACAGAGAACACCGCUGUUCUGUCCAGUGCUAUAAUCAUCACCCUGGUCGGUAUGAUGCUGCACAUCCACUUUGUGAAGGUGGACCAUGAGUCCCUACUCGUCAUUGGAUCUUUAGGCAUCCAGGUGUCCUCCAGCUAUGCCUCAGGCCGCGAAACGACCACUUUCAUUGAGAUCAGCAAGAUCAAGGAUAUUGUUAUUAAUGAAGCAAUAUAUAUGCAACAAAUCAUCUACUACCUUUGUGUACUGUUGAAGGACCCCUCAGAACCCAAUGCAGUGUCCAGCGUUGUGCCGUUGUUUCAGAGUUCAAAGCCCAGGCUCAAUUGCUUGAGGAAGGUUUACAAAAGCUGUCAGGAGAUUCUUUCAAAGUGCUGAUGACGCACAUGCGUUUCUGGUUGUACAGCAUGCCUUUAAUAUUUUUUUUCUUUAGUCUUAGUUUUGUUUUUAGUGAAUAAAAGUAGAACACCAUCGGUUUUGUUUAUCUUUAAUUUAGUUUAAUUUAAUAUAAUUACAUUUUCAGUGUAUUUUAUAGUCUUAUACUGAUUUGAUUUUGUUAAUGCUUGUGUAGUUAAGAACCAAUUUCUGUAUUG